AGCUCUAUUAAUUUCUGCAUUUGACGCGUGUAACUAAAUCAGUAAGCACUUGUGCAAGUCAGACUCAGCAGCUGUCAUUUUCGUAGCACUUCUGUCAGUUUUUGUGAUUUUGGUUAACAAUGCCUCUUACAUUUGAGCUGUGCCCCGGUCGCAUGAUCGGAGGAAACAACCCAUGUUUCAUUAUUGCAGAAAUCGGACAAAAUCAUCAAGGAGAUAUUGAAAUAGCCAAGAAAAUGAUUAAGAUGGCAAAGGACUGUGGGGCAGAUUGUGCGAAGUUUCAAAAGAGUGAAUUGGAGUACAAGUUCAACAAAAAAGCGCUGGAGCGGCCAUACACCUCCAAGCACUCCUGGGGGAAAACAUACGGAGAGCACAAGCGCCAUCUAGAGUUCAGCCAUGAGCAGUACAGAGAGCUGCAGAAGUACGCCAAAAAAGAGGGCAUCUUCUUCACUGCGUCUGGAAUGGACGAGAUGGCUGUAGAAUUCCUCCAUGAGCUCAAUGUGCCUUUCUUCAAAGUCGGAUCUGGAGACACUAACAACUUCCCCUACCUCAAGAAAACUGCCCAAAAAGGGCGUCCCAUGGUAGUGUCGAGUGGGAUGCAGUCCAUGGAGACGAUGCGCCGUGUUUACAAGACUGUGAAGGAACACAACCAAAACUUCUGCAUCCUGCAGUGCACCAGUGCAUAUCCACUAGAGCCGGAGGACGUCAAUCUGCAAAUUAUCACAGAAUACCAAAAGGAGUUCCCAGACAUUCCCAUAGGUUACUCAGGCCAUGAAAGUGGGAUCAGCAUUACAGUGGGGGCAGUUGCACUGGGAGCAAAGGUCGUGGAGCGCCAUGUAACCUUGGAUAAGACCUGGAAGGGCAGCGAUCAUUCAGCAUCUCUGGAGCCUGCAGAGCUGACAGAGCUUGUGCGAUCCAUCCGCACGGUGGAGAGAGCUUUGGGCACUGGAGUGAAAUGCAUGUUGCCCUGUGAAGUGCCCUGCCAUGAUAAGCUGGGAAAAUCUGUGGUUGCAAAGACGGCCAUCCUGAAGGGUACUGAACUAACCCUUGACAUGCUGACUGUGAAAGUAGCAGAACCAAAGGGCAUAGCUCCAGAAGAUAUCUUCCAACUUGUGGGGAAAAAAGUGACCAUAGAUAUUGAGGAGGAUGAGAGUGUCACCGAGGAUGCAGUCGACAACUAUGGCAAGAAAGCCAAAGCUUGAGGAAAACUGAUUGUCUCUUCAACAUAAGAUUCUUGGUCGGACUGGAAUGAAAUCAACACCCUAAAUAUGCAUUAUUUCAGAACUAGUUAUAAUAAUAAUAAUAAUAAUAAUAAUAAUAAUAAUAAUAGCACUACAUUUUGUCUACAUGGAAGAUAUAUACAGAAGAGGCAGUACAAGAAAUACAAUUAUCAUUUGCCAAAUGCUUUUGAAUAAAAAAUGAUUUUUUUUUUGCCAUAUGUGUAUUCUGUCUCUGCUCUGCUGUUUGGUGCACAUUUUGGUUAUGUGACUGAAUUAAAAUUAAUUAACAUAUUAGGGUUAUAACCCAUUCAGCCUUCAAACUUGAAAGAAAAUUGUUUUAUUAAUAUGCAAAUGUCAUAAGUGUACAUGUUUAACAUGCUUUUUAGGAUAUUUAACAUAGUAAUGUAAUUAUUCUUUUUUUUUAUAACAUGUGCCAUAAUUUGAUUUGGACUAACAUGUUACAUUUUGUAAUCGGGGACUAAAAACGGUUCAAGGAACGAAAACUGGAAAUUAUUUUUUUUAGCGGAACGUAACCGAAAACCGGAACAAAAAGGAUUUUCAAUUGUUCCGGAGUGAAAACUUAAUUUUUAAAUGCUGGUAACCGGUUAUAACCAGUUAAUUUUUUCAUGAGGCCAAAGAGUUUAGCACAUUAAAUGUUUGGAACUGCACCACUUCAUGUUGUCUGAAAAAUAAACGUGAUUUGAUCCUGAAGGGAACUGCUGCAUCACAUUCCUUUGCCUAUGCAC